UUCGAAAGAAAAAGUGACUGAAGCAGUCAAGUGCCGAUUGCAAGACUAUCUAGUAUGCCGAAAUUUCAGCAUUUUAUCAACGUUUACUUUUUAUAAAAGUUAUCUUAAACUAGUGCGUGACCAUGGACGAGUUCGGUGACCGAAUAGAAAAGCUGUACAAAAACUACGAGAUUCUUAGUGACGCUAAGGAAAAAAUUGCGGAGCAUGAAGCCGAAUACAAGGAGAUCCUCGAUGCGGUGAAGGGUUCGGCCAAGGAAAAACGGCUGGCGUCCCAAUUUAUCGGGAAGUUUUUCAAGCACUUCCCCUCCCUUGCGGACCAUGCCAUCGAUUGUCAACUGGACCUGUGCGAAGACGAGGACACGCAGAUAAGACGCCAGGCUAUCAAGGACUUGCCGCUGCUGUGCCGUGAUACAACCGAACAUACGCCCCGCAUAGGCGACAUUCUGGCACAAUUGCUCAUCACCGAAGAUGCCGCUGAGCUGCUGCAGGUCCAUCAAUCGCUGCUUACAUUGGCAAAGUAUGACGCCGUGGGCACGCUUACUGGAAUUUUCAGUCAAAUCGUGGCUGGAGAUGAAACGACCCGGUUCCGGAGCUUCCAGUUCAUCAACAACAAGUUAAUGAAAAUGGAACCUGAAAUCCUUACAAAAGCAGUGGAGGAUUUCGUCAUUACCGAAGUGAAGAAAAUUACUUUGGAUGUGACUUCUGACGAGUUCCAUCAGUGUAUGUCCAUUCUGAACCAGACGAAACUCAGCAAGACGCUCCCGGGACACGUGGAGCUUGUAACGAUUGCGGCCGAGCAAGCUGACUUGGAAAGUGACCCAGGUGCGCUGGCUUCUGACGAUGAAAAUGUGGAACGUUUCAUUCAAUGUUCCACUGAGGCAAUGCCGUAUUUUUCCUCGCAGGUAGAGUCGACCCAGUUCGUGAAAUUCAUGUGCGAGAAGUUCCUUCGUCCGAACGUGUGGAACCUGAUCGGAGCAACCGACGAUCAACAUCAAACCCAACUGCGACUGUUGAAGGUGUUUGCAGAAAUGUGUGCUUUCUGUGGAACACUCGAGAAGCCCUCGGAAAAGGUAGAAGCCAUCUACGAUGUACUUUUGGAGUACAUGCCAUUGCCACCCCUGGAUGCCGACAUGAACGAAACACCUUCGUUCCAGUUUUCCCAUGCCGAAUGUCUGCUGUACGCGCUCCACAUUCUUGGCAAGCAGGCAGUCGAAUUUCUCACAUUCCCGGAAGAUCCGGCCAAACUGAAGGAUUUCCGCUCAAGACUCCAGUACCUCGCACGGGGUACGCAAGGAUACAUCAAGAAAUUGCAAGAAGCUGUCAAGGGUAAAACCGCGGAAGAAAUGAAAUCGGAAGAGAACCAAAUCAAAGCCACGGCGUUGAAGACGACUUCAAAUAUCAGUACAUUGAUCAGGGAUCUAUUCCACUCGCCGCCAAGCUUCAAAUCGGUCGUCCAUCUGUCUUGGGUUGUGCCGAAAGAAAAGAAAGUGCAAAAACAAAAACCCGAAGAAACCACCAGAGCCAGCACCAAGCGGCACGCGCCAAUCACGUUCGACAGCAAUGGCAAGUCGACGGGCGAUAGCAAUGGCCCCAAACAGCCAAAGCCGAGCCCUACUGGUUCGCAGAAAAUGUACACCCCACCGUCGGGCAAAUAUUCCGGAAAGCUGCAAAAUAACUAUCAGUCAAAGAACGGAGGUGGUGGCCGUCGUUCGUCCGGCGGUGGUGGUGGUGGUGGUGGCAAUGGUGGUGGAAGUGGUGGUGGCCGUCGCGGCAAUUUCGGCGGCAAUGGGGGCGGUGGUGGUGGUGGCCGUAAGAGCGGAGGUAAAAGGAAGUUUGGACAAUCCUGGUAGGUGGUUUCAAAGGGAACGGAUUCGAAGUGUACGAAUAUCCAGUUUCGUUUCAUCCGAUAACACCUGUUCGUUGUUCAGUUCUUGUUUCCUCCCUUUUUAGUUCUUUUCUAACUAUUAGGAGAAGUUUAUUUAUCAGCUUGCAUAGAGGAAGUGUGACUUAAAACGAAUUUCUACCAUGAAACAUGACACUGUCGUGUGUCUUAGUCGAUCCCUU